AAUCAACCAUCAGUCUCGACUCUCUAGUCUGCCUUGGCCUACCCAGCCUGGCCCGACCCGCCAUCCAUCCAUUUAUUCAUCCAGAGGCCGAUCGCCAUCCCGACAACGAUUGGCCCUCACAAGCAACCACAGUGAAACCCGACAACGACAGCUUCGAUCCUACAUUUCCGAACUCCCCUCUUACACCGCUCUCUCUACUCUCCCGCCCAACCGACCUCUUACUACCCGGCUGGCCAACCCUACCGAUCCGAUCGAAAUCUCUCGUUAUCCCAACCGUAUCAAGCCGACGCCUCGCCGAGCGACAUCCAGCGGACCCGAUUUCCCGUGCUUCUCGGCCAUCGAACCUACUAUACACCACAUCACUCUGCAUUCCUAGUCGCCAUGUCGAACCGACAGCUUGCCCGCGACAUGCAAGUCGAGUUCCAGGCUCGCUUCCAGGCCAAGCAGGCGCGCCGUGAGGCCCAGAAGGCAGCGAAGCAGGACCCGCUACUAAAGAAGCAAAUUCAAGACCUGCUACGCAAGGGCGACACCGCCAAGGCCUACCAGAAAGCCAAGAUGCUGCUCUCGAAGCAGGCCCUUGCCCAGCAGAUGGAUCAGAUGGCCGACAUGGCAGAGCUCUCUGUCGCCCAGAUCCAGGCCAACAACGCCAUGAACCGCAUGACCCACAUGAUGGGCCAGUCCUCCCGCACCAUGACGGCCGCCCAGCGGAACAUGAACCCGGAACGUACUCUGAUGACGCUGGAGCAGUUCCGCCAGCAGAACGAGGAGUACGCGGUGAACAACGGCAUCUACCAGGACGCGAUCUCGCAGACGACGUCGCAGCAGGUGUCGGAGGACGCGGUGCACGAGCUGCUGGGCAAGCUCGCGGACGACGCCGGCGUCCAGCUCAACUCGGAGCUCAACGCGGCGCAGCCGAGCCGCGCCGAACCCCAGCCGGCCCAGCAGCAGGCCAACGAGCCGACGCCCGAGGAAGAGGACGCGCUGCAGCAGCGGCUCCGCGCCCUACGGGCUUAGGGACCCUGCGGGGGCGGCAAUGACAGCGGAAAAAACAGCCACGACGAUGGUGGUGGUCACGGAGGUAGUGGUGAUAAGGGGUUAAGGGAAGGGAGACCCCGCGAGGCGCGGCCGACGCUCGAGUAACUAGACGAAUACAGUUUGGCUCUGCGGAAGGGAUUUUGGUUAAGUCUCUCUCGUCAAGGCUUCGGGGGUGUCGAUCCAUGAUCCCCCCCCUCCGC